CAGGGGUGGCUUUGAAGGAGCCAAGGUGACAAGGAGCCAAGGAGGCUGUGUGCCUCCCCAGAUGCCCUGCAGAACUACACAGGAGGCAAUCUGACUGUGAUGGGACCGAAGGAGACAGCUUCCAUCUUUGCCACCUAUCCUGCUCCCUAUCUGUCCCUGACUAAUGGUUUCCUGGAUCAGGUUGUGGGCACAGGCUUCCUGAUGGUGGGCAUCUUAGCUAUUGUGGACAAGCGGAACCAGGGAGUGCCCGCAGGCCUGGAACCCGUGGCAGUGGGGCUGCUGAUCCUGGCCAUUGAGCUGUCCAUGGGAGUCAACUGUGGGUGUCCACUCAACCCUGCCCGGGACCUGGGCCCCCGGCUCUUUACCUAUGUGGCAGGUUGGGGCCCCGAAGUCUUCAGUGCAGGCAACGGUUGGUGGUGGGUACCUGUGGUGGCUCCGCUGGUGGGGGCUGUGUUGGGCACCGUCAUAUAUCAGCUGCUGGUAGCUCUGCACCACCCGGAGGACCCAGCGCCCAUUCAGGACCUGGAGUUUGUUCAGCGGACAGACUCAGACUCUACUCACCUGUGAAGGUGCAAACUGCGCUCAUACGUCUUCCGCACCCUUGGCUACUACAAAGGGCCCGAGGGCUCGGACUGGUGACAAGGGGACUCUGGACUGUUAGUGCACCGUGCCUCCUGGAGGAUUCUUUGUCCAUUCCUCAGUACAGUGCUUCCUCCUCCACUGGGAAGGCCUCCUAGACAGGGAGAAAUGGGAGGGCAGGUCUGCCUCCAGUCUCCUCUAACAAAUCCUAGUUCCCAGGGCUUCCAGGCACGCAGUUCCACAGGGCGGCCACCAGGGGGCGCACAAAGCAGCGGUUGGUUGGGAAUAAUGUGGGACUCCGUGGGCUUGUAGGGUCCCCAUCCUGCAGGGGGUGCACGACCCAGGGGUCCUCCCAACCCCUUACUACUACGCUGUGGAACCCUCAUCCUCCCACUCUCCCUUGGUGUUGUUGUCUUCUCUCCUGGGGAAAGGGGAAUGGAGUUUUGGGUGCUGGCCGCGCCUCAGUUUCCCGCCUGGCUCAAGCAGUAUGGGGCGAUGCUCCCAGGGCGGUUUCCCCAUGCCCUAUCCUGGAGACAGCCUGCACCCCUAAACCUGUGCAGAGGUGGCUGAAUCCAGGGGCGUACCCUGGGGGCGUACCCAGGAGAUGCAGUUUCUGCAGGGGUGCCGGGCGCCCCCACUCCCAAUAAAGCGAAUUUCAGUGCU